AUGGGAUUUCCUGGCGUUUUCCAAGUUCUUAUUAGUGUCGUAGUAGAUCUCGCUAUCACUUUCACAUCGGCAGAAGCGAGCGCUGAUUGCAACGUAACAUCAGGAACAGGCGUGUACCUCACUGGACAUGUGUACGCAAGUUUCUCCGUGCAGGACUUUCAACAGUGCUACGAGAAAUGUAAGGCAGAUGAACCGAAGUGUCGCAGUUUGAAUUACCAUGGCGACCAAACGCGCUGCGAGCUUAAUAAUGCAACCAGGACGUUACAACCCAACGACAUAAUGGAAAAUCCCCUCUCGUUAUAUCUUGAAAGCCGUUACCGAGUAUCUUUAGGCUCACAAAGAUCUGUAGCAGGCAGAACAUGCGAGGAAAUUUUAUCUAAAGAGGAUUCUGCAGCGAAUGGGUUUUACUGGUUGAAUUCCAAUGGAACUGAGGACCCGUAUGUCACCUUUUGUAACAUGAAGAACGGAGGAGAUUCCAGCCCUUCUUUUGACCUGUUAUUUCAAGAUCGCAACACAACAAACUUUGUCGAACUUGACAUGUCUGCACAAGAUCUGUCAGCCUUCACUGUGUGCCUUUGGUUCAGAGCUUGGGAACAACAGCUGGUUUUUCUGUCUUACGCCACGGAAUCCUUCACCGAUGCCAUCAUGAUGUUUCUGUCUUCAACUGGAUUGUUUCGAUUUCUGGUGCUUGAUGAACAAGUACAUGGUCAGACGGGAUAUGUUAACGAUAGAACCUGGCACCAUUUGUGCGGCAAAUGGGCCAAUCGUGACGGUGUCGUAAAAUUGUUUGUGGACGGAGAGAACAAGCUAACUGGUGACAAAUCAAUACAUGGAGUGAUUCCUGGUUCUGGGAAAUUUAUUGUGGGACAAGACCAGGAUGUUAUCGGAGGCGCCUUCGAUCUGGCACAGAGUUUUAUUGGGGAAAUGACCCACUUGUACAUCUGGAACGCUGACUUGGAAGACAGCGUUAUUACCAGCUUAAGCAUGCACUGUAAGGAAUAUCCACACCCAGGAUAUAUUGUGGGGUGGGCUGACUUUGGGCAGGGGUUACACGGUAAUGUUACUAGACGAAACAACUCAAGAUGUGUAACAAAAUACGACAUGCUGCCAUAG